UCCCGGUUCACCCUUUCUCUGCUCCCAGAGCUGCGCUCCUCUGCACUGCAGUGGCCAUGGCCAGCCAGUCAGUCUUUGUUGUUGCUAUAGAUUUUGGCACAUCCUACAGUGGCUACUGUUUUUCUCUUGCUUCAGGUACAGACCAAAUCCGGCAGGUUAACUGGGGAAUAGAGCAUGGGCUCAAGACCCCAAAGACGCCUACGUGCAUUUUGUUCAACCAGAAGCAGGAGUUCAAAUAUUUUGGCUAUGAUGCUGUGAUGAGGUACAAGAGCCUGCCCUCCAGCCAAGCUGACAGCUGGUACUUCUUCGAGAACUUCAAGAUGCAGCUGUACAACACGAGUGUCACAGCUGGCAUGCAGCUGAAAGCCACCAAUGGAAAGACACUUCCUGCUCUGACAGUCUUUUCUGAAAGCCUGUGCUACCUGAAGAAACAUGCUUUGAAUACCAUUAAGGAGGCCUCUUUCCAAACUGUCUAUGAUCCAGAGGAGAUCACCUGGGUCCUUACUGUCCCAGCCAUAUGGAGCGCUGCUGCCAAGCAGUUCAUGCGUCUGGCAGCAAAAGAGGCAGGAAUUAUCUCUGACAUGCUCUCUAGGAACCUGAUCAUUGCCUUAGAGCCAGAAGCUGCAUCACUGUGGUGCAAGCAGCUUCCACAGGAAGGGUUUAUGGCAGACAGCAGUGACAAGAGGAAGUUUGAAGACUCCCCUGGGAUCCAGUACAUUGUCGUUGACUGUGGAGGUGGCACAGUAGACAUCACAGUACAUGAGAUCCAAGAAAACCAUUACCUAAAGGAGCUACACAAGGCAGCUGGAGGUGGAUGGGGAGGCAACAGAGUGGAUGAAAACUUCAUCAAUUUCCUCAAGGAAAUAUUCAAUGAUGGCAUAUGGGAUGAAUAUGUAAAGAAGCACCCUACUGAAUUACAAAGUAUGAUGUACAACUUCAGCCUACAGAAAUGCUCUGAUAGAAGGGAGGCAGUCUACAUGCAUUGCUACUACAACUUGACCAAAGUGGCAGAGUCCAAGAAGGACAUCUCCCAGUUCUUUGAAAAAGCAGCAGGAGCUGUGUGGUGUGAUGGGACAAUCAAGAUUACAUAUGAGAAAAUGAAAAGCUUUUUUGAGUAUAGUAUCAACAAUAUAAUUUGUACUUUGAGGGAAAUUCUUUGCAAACCUGAGAUGGACAAAGUCCAGUACAUUUUACUUGUGGGAGGCUUUGCAUCCAGCAUCAUCCUGCGAGAUGCAGUCAGGCAGGCCUUUAGCAGCAAGUAUCACAUCCUUUGUCCCAUGGAGGCCCAGGUGGCCAUUGCAAAAGGGGCUGUUUUAUUUGGAAUUAAUCCCCGUAUCAUUACCUCAAGAAUCAGCUGUAGGACAUAUGGCUUAGAAAUAUGUCAGAAAUUUGAUGAUGCUAUCCAUGAUGCCCGUAAACGGAGGGUCUCAAAAACUGGUGACUAUAUUUAUUGCACAGGUCUCUUCUGCAAACUGGUGGAAAUUGGGGAAUCAGUGAACAUACAGGAAGUUGCCCACUAUGAUUUCUAUCCGACAGAACCAGAUCAAACAAAGGUAGCCUUUGCUUUCUAUUGUACAAAAAAACAGAAUGCUCGGUAUGUAGAUGAGGAAGGGAUGGAACAGCUUGGCUUCUGUGUAGUGCCAUCGCCAGACACGAGGCUGGGGAAAGAUCGCAAGCUGAAGGUGGCGAUUAAAUUUGGGCUCACUGAAUUUGAAGCCACAUGUACUGAUGUUACUUCCCAACAAAGUCAGACAGUUAUAAUAGAUUUUUUAUCUUAUAAUUACUCCUCAUAUUGAACAGAUCUUAGAUGUCUUUCCAGCCAUUAUGAUUCUAACAAUUCUAUGACUUCUACAAUAGAGGAGACAAUUGGACCAAUAAGUCCAUCAUGCAACUUUCUAUUUACACAGGAUAACUACAAGUCUGAUUCUCUGGUUCCUUCCAUUCCUCACCCACCACCCUUUCAGUCCAACACCUCAUUUUCUCUUGUAUCUGAUAACGUGUUUGCUGCUUUAUCUCAUGUCCUUUUAGCUUGCAUCUCUGUACACAGCACUUCAUACCACCAAUACAAUCAUCUGUGACCUACCUGUGUUUGAUGCAAAGCCUCUGGACUGGGUUCUAACUUCCACAUAAAGCAGCCCAUAGCUGUUUAUUUUAGCCUGGUGUCUUCUUGCAGCUACAUCUUCUGACAUCAGGUCACUUUAUCUGAAGUCCAGGUUUAAUUCUGCUGGGGGUGACAUUCAGUGGAUUUCUCUUUUCUUCAGAAUAUCAUUUUUAUAAACUCUGUGUAAUUAAAGUUCCAGGGUCCCAGACAAGAGAGCUGAAUGAACCAGUCUAGGGACUUGUGUCCAAAACCUGUGGGAGUGUUGUUUCCAUUAAAUGAUUGGGUGGUUUGAUCUCAUUAAUUGGGCAGAUAUGAAUGCUAGAUUGUAACUUUACAGAUAUGAAUAGUGCAUAUGCUGCUGCCUGAUGACUCUGUCCAGCUCAGACAGACAUCUGCUGCUGUCUGAUGCUCUCUGCAUCUCUGAUUUGGGCAUGAUUAUUUUCUACAUCACCUCCUCCUGCUUGCAUCAUCUGUGCAGAAGUCCAGCACAGUGUAGGCUUCCUGGGCCUAAAUUUGUCCAAGAAAAGGGUGCAGUCCUACAGUGUGCUGGCUCUGGCUGAGGUGGAGUUAACUUUCUUCAUAGUGACCCUUAUCUUGGUGUGUGGUUUGGGUCCAGAAUGAUGCUGAUAACACACUGAUUGUUCAGGGGUUGUGAGUGGUGGGCUGGGGUUUGUGGAGUUGGCUUUCUUCCCCUCCACUAAGGAUGUAAAGUUUCUCUGCUGAACACCAGCCUCCACCAAUGCAAAUUCUUGGUUAGCUGGAUACCAUGCAAGAAAGCUCAGCACUGUCAUCCUUAUUAGUUGAAUGAUUGCGUUAGAGUUACUGCUGGCCAGGUACUGAAUGUUGUUAAUCACUAGAGCAGCAUUCAGAGGACUAAUCUGCAUAUAUGCUAUGUCCUAUGAUAUGUAAAAGUGGGAUUUUGAAGUUACUACCUUUGCUUUCACAUUUAAAAUGUUAUGUAUGCAAUAAAAAUAUUCACAGCAGACACCUGUGUGCAUUUCUACCAUGUCAGGUGGUAUGCUUUGUAAGGGCCAUUCUGGGGGUUAGGUCCGAAGAAGCUGUGUAGUCCUGCUUUUUUCUUACCCUUUGCAUUUGGUAUUUUCACCAGUGGAAAGCCCAAUACAGCUCCACCCAAGUCCACCAAUGCUCUGGAAUGGGAGAGAGAAGUAGGGUCUGGGAAAGUGGCAGCGGGGAAAGCCCUUCCCACCCAUGUGGUAGGUGGGCUUUAGGAUUCAAACAUUGCCAAUGGCAGUCGUGAGUGCAGCUCCUUGUUCUGCUGGUUUUGAUGAGCUGGUUUUGUUGAUAACCUCAGACACUGAGCAUGGGCAGAUGCAGGUGUUUGUCCUUUCUGUGAAAGCAGCACUGAGUGUCAGGGUCUCGGGCUAAGCACCCCUGAAACCUGUCAAUAUGGGGGGCUCUACCCUCAGCCUGACACUACCAGGGGUGUGGGAAAAUAAGCUACAGCUGCUGAGCCCCUGGCAGCCAUCCUCUGAAACAGGUGCAUCUGCUGAGCUGGGGAUUAACCCCACUGAACAAUAAAUAGUGUGGGUUGUUUAUGGUAAAAAUCACAGAUCCCCAAGUUUCAAGGAUAAGAGAAGGCAGUGAGAUUUGCAGUGGCUGUAACCAGGACAUCGAUAAGCUCUAGGGCUGUGAUGGCUGCUGGAUCCUAAAUGGCUGGGUGAGUAGAAGGUACCACCCACUUCUGUGGCUGGAUCUUGCCAACUGCCUUCUGCCUAAAGCAUGUGAUUUCUCGGAAACUGAGAGAAAGUAGUAGAGACACCAUUUCCUGGCAGCGAAGUGGGAGGCACAUCCUCUCUCCCCUGGCUGGGAUGGAGAUGGGAACAGCUUGGCCACAGCCCAAACACCGUGGCUGUCCUUUCUGCUUCAGAUUUCCCAGCGCCAUCUGGCUCCCCGGCCUCACCCUGCCUGCUUGAUGUCGGAGGAAAAUAAAGAUUCACAAAAAGUUCACAGUAACUCUAAGCCUUGAAACCAUGACAGUGGGAUGCUGGAGUAAUGGAACCAUGAAGAAACCCCAGGAACAGAAUGCUGUAAAUCCUUAUGCCCUUGACAAGUAAUGAUUCAAAUAGAUUCAAGUAGAAAUGGCAACAGAGGUUUAACAAAAUAAAGUUUAACAAUAACUUAGCAACAGGUGACAGGAUGUAAAGACAAUUUCAAGUUACCUGAGAUGAUUAUAAUGUUAAAGAACACAUUCCC